AUGUCCGAUCAUCCUGCUACUGGUCAUCCGAGUCAGCACUUCCAGGGAGAUGGUGAACCUCAAAGUAGCCAUGCCCAAGCUGACUCCCCGGGCUCGCCCCAUUUCCAGGGCGUUUCCCAUGACUCUCCCAAUCAAUCGCAACACCAUCACGGCCAUUUCGGUGGCCACCACGACCACCACCACCGCCACAGCUUGGAACAGCACAUCGAACACUUGCCGGAGUAUUUGCUCGAAACGGUCAAACUGACCACUCAAGAAGGACAACUGCACGUGCCCGAGCUUUUCGAGGCCCACCGGGUCGAAGACUUAGUGUCGGAAAACGAGAGAUUGGCCCAGAUCCGCAGCCACGAGUACCAGCAAUCGCACCACUACCCGGGGCUGGUGCCCGUUGGUGAAUACGACCAGCCGGAAGUGACGGUGAUCGACUGGACUAAGGAGACGUUUGCUGACCCUUGGGGUAAGAUCAAACACUACUUCAUCUCGCUUUUCCCCAUCGCCCAGUGGAUCUUACACUAUAACUUCCGGUGGUUAACCGGUGAUUUGAUCGCCGGUAUCACCGUGGGGGUAGUGCUUGUGCCUCAGUCGAUGUCCUACGCCCAGUUAGCCGGUCUUGAACCUCAGUACGGUCUCUAUUCGUCGUUUGUCGGUGUGUUUAUUUACUCGUUCUUUGCCACGUCUAAAGAUGUGUCUAUCGGUCCCGUGGCAGUGAUGUCGUUACAAGUGUCUAAAGUGAUUGCUAACGUGCAAAAGCGGAACGGCGAUAAGUACCUGGCUCCAGAAAUUGCAACUUUCUUAUCGUUAAUCUGUGGUGGUAUCGCUGCCGGUAUUGGUGUCUUACGACUCGGGUUUAUCCUUGAAUUCAUCUCCAUCCCCGCCGUCAUGGGGUUUAUGUCUGGUUCGGCGUUUUCCAUUAUCGUGGGCCAAGUGCCCGGGCUCAUGGGCUACAAUUCCGAAGUCAACACCCGUGAAGCCUCGUACAAGGUGGUGGUCAACACUUUGAAAAAGUUACCUGACACUAACGUCAACGCCGCCUUUGGGCUCGUGCCGCUUUUCAUCUUAUACCUCUGGAAAUGGCUUACGGAAAAGGGGCAAACCCGCUACCCGAGACUCAAAUGGGUGUUUUUCUACACUCAACAGUUGCGUAACGCCGUCGUCAUUAUUGUCGCCACCUGUAUUGCCUGGGGGAUCGUCCACCCUCAGAAGGUUGCGUUUAAGGGGCCCGGUAAGUUUAAGCCUAAGAUCCAGACCAUCGGUAAUGUGCCCAAGGGUUUGCAGAACGUUGGGGUCAUGACCAUCCCCGACGGCAUUAUUGGCUCAAUGGCGGGUGAAAUCCCCGUUUCGGUGGUGAUCUUGUUGUUGGAACACAUUGCCAUUGCCAAAUCGUUUGGCAGAAUCAACGACUAUAAAGUGAGUCCCGAUCAGGAAGUGAUUGCUAUUGGCGUCAACAACUUGAUUGGUACGUUCUUUAACGCCUACCCUGCUACCGGUUCGUUCUCCCGUUCAGCUUUAAAAGCCAAGUGUGGUGUGCGUACUCCCCUUGCCGGUAUCUUCACUGGUGCCGUUGUCUUAUUGGCGCUUUAUGCGUUUACUGAUGCCUUCUACUAUAUCCCCAAAGCUACCCUCUGUGCCGUGAUCAUCCACGCCGUCUCCGACCUUAUGGCCAAUUACAAGGUCACCUUAGGCUUCUGGAACGUGCUGCCUGUCGACUGUGGUAUCUUCCUCAUCUGUGUCAUCAUCACCGUGUUCGCUCUGAUUGAAGACGGGGUCUACUUUGCCGUUGGUGCCUCGAUUGUCAUCUUCCUCUUCCGCGUGGCUUUCUGCAAGGGCCAGUUCCUUGGCCGGUUACAAGUGGCGGAAGUGGUCAACCCGACCGUCGACCACAUCCCCAUCACUUCGGCGGAAGACUCGCUGGAGGCUAAUCUGGAACAACUGCUGCUGGACAUCGAGAUCCACCAGGUGCUCACGGGGCUGAACUACCAGGCGACCGAUAAAUUAAAGGUUAAGGAAGCCUUCGAAGAAACCCACACCCCGCCGACAUACCUGGCUCGUGACUUGACCAGUAACCACCCUCAGAUCAAAUUCCACACUCGGUGGGUACCUAUUCUGGAUCAGAAGAUGGGGAUCAAUCCCAACGUGUUCGUGCAACCGCCUCCUCCGGGUGUCAUUGUGUUCCGUCCUGGCGACUCGUUUGUGUACCCUAACUCGCUGAGAAUCGUCGAUAUGGUGUCUGAUGAAAUGAAACGGACGACGAGAAGAGGCAUUCAACUCAGUUACAAAGAUGCCGGUCUGCGCCCCUGGAACGACCCCGGUCCCCUCGUCCCCUUUUGGAAGCGGGGCAAGAAGCACCAGCACGAAGAGAAGGUCGACACCCGCCCGCUUUUGCGGAUCGUCCACUUUGACUUCUCCAACGUCGCCCAGGUCGAUGUGUCGCUGAUCCAGGCGCUUGUUGAUUUGAGAAAAGUGUGUAACCGUUACGCCGACCGCGAGGUCGAGUUCCACUUCUCCGGGAUCUUGCUGCCGUGGACGCGGCGGGCGUUGUUGAACGCCGGCUUCGGUACUUACGGCGAGGACUUGGUGAGCGAAAACACCUACAUCAACAUCGCCCUGGCCGACGACAUCGAGCAGUACGGCGGCUACUACGCGGCGCUCUCGACGAACACCCCGUUCUUCCACUUGGACAUCCCCAACUACAACUAG